GUCUCCGGGAGUCGUCGUCACCGUCUUCCUCCAUUUACUAUUUUGAAUUACAACUGUAAAUUCUAUUCCUCCUGUCUUAUUCUUCUUCAUCUCAUUCCUCUGCGGUGUGAGCGGAAACGAGAUGAGAAGAAAGGGGCGAGCGACACACCGAUUCAUCCGUGGCGCAAGGACGGCCGCCGUGCAGGUGGUGGCUGGCGAGAUCUCGGGGAAACCCUAAGGAGCGAAGGUCCCUACCGAGGAAACAAGGAUCAGAUCUCGUCCAUAUGAGAGGAAACUCACGUUGGAGCUCGUCUAUUCUUGAUUGGAUCUGUAAAAUUCGUGUCCCGCCGUUGGGAUCAUCGGUGACAUUGGCCGCCCGACCCUUGCCGCGGUGGCUCCGCUUUCUAGGGCUCCGUUCAGUUCCGCUGGACCGGGCUUAGGGUGCUAAAGAGCUGGGCCAUGGGGGUUUCAGAGGGCGGGGAUGGAGGAGGGAUGGGCGUCGAUUGCCGCGUUGGGACGAUUGUUUGGGUGCGACGUAGGAACGGGUCCUGGUGGCCGGGGAGGAUUCUUGGGCAAGAAGAGUUGUCGGCAUCGCAUCUCAUGUCCCCGCGGUCGGGGACGCCAGUCAAGCUCCUGGGUAGGGAGGAUGCCAGCGUUGACUGGUACAAUCUGGAAAAAUCUAAGCGUGUUAAGGAAUUUCGCUGUGGGGAGUUUGAUGCCUGCAUUGAGAAGGCUGAAGCUUCACUUGGAGUACCUAUAAAGAAAAGGGAAAAAUAUGCCCGCCGAGAAGAUGCUAUUCUUCAUGCUCUUGAACUUGAGAGAAAGCAGCUUGAGCUAAAGCAACCAAAACAAGCCAUCAUCUCAAAUGGAAUUACCAAUAAGCCUUUAGUUACAAUGAAAAGAGAGUUUAGUAACUUGCCAUCUGCUGAUACAUUUGUCAGACAUGAUGAAUUGUCAUUCCAAAGCGAUUGCGCCUUUCACAAGGCUCCACUUAUUAAAAAACCAGGUUUGUUAUUUGAAGAAAAUGUGAGCAACUGUAUGAUUUCAAAUGAUGCAAAAAACAAUAAGCCAGUAGGAAAUACUUCUGGAGCUGUUCCUCAAAUGAGAGGACUCCAGGAUUUUGGCUUUCCAAUUGCUCGAAAGAAAAGGAUUCCCCAGUCUGUGUCUUUGUUGACUAGCACCAAAUUUGCUGAGAAUGAUUUGGACACUUUUGUAGGUUUUGAUGAUAUAGUUGGAGGUAGAGGUCAUGCCAAUGGAGGUAAAAGUAAUUUGGCAAUCAAAAAUAAAAGGUCACAUGGUGGAUUUUCUGAAGAAUCUUCAAUUAAAAAACGUGACAGACGUCGUCCGCUUGUUCAAGUUUUACAAACUAGUGCAAAGAUACAAGCUCCUCAUUGUUCUAAUCUGGAUGGUUAUCCUCAUGAUUUCUCAUUGAAAGAGGAGCAAGACCAUAUGGGUGUUUGCCAGGCAAAACGAAGUAGCUACAUCUAUCUUUCUGCUGAUUCAAUUGUCUCACAGGAUGAUAAAAGUAAUUCUUCUGAAGAAACACAAUCGUUGUCAGACCAGUGUGGUUUCAAUCAACCUGGUUCAAUGGCAGAAAGAUGCUCGACUUCUGAGAUGAGUGAGACAAAUGAUUAUGAUACUCCAAGGAAUUACUUGGACACUGAGAUGGAGGAACAAAUCUCAGGAGAUAUUGGUGGAUCCCUUGGAUCAAAUUGUGACCCUUCUCAACAUCAUGUUUCAGAUGAAUUUGAAGAGAUAGGCAAUGAUGAAGUGCCUUCUUCUAGCAACAUUUCCACCCUUCAUCCUUUUGAACAACCUGCAAAUGCUUCUGCUGGGGUGGGAAUCUCUAAAUGGCAUAUAAAAGGUAAACGCAACCACCGAAGUGUAGUUAAAAUGCCAAUUGAUGGCAAGAUCUGCAUUGCUAGUUCAGAUAAAUGGGAUUGUUCUACGAGGGAAACAGCUAAUGUAAUCAGGUAUACUAGUUCGAAAAUGGAGAUGGAACCUUGCCCACAAAAGGCCUUAGAUCAAGGUUUGGUUGGUGAGGAUUUCCUUAACAAGCAGGAUGACUACAGAAAACAAAGACAUAAACUAGCCUCUAAAGCAGCUAGGGAUCUUAGGAGAAGCCGUAUUGGUUUCCAUAAUUUAGAAAGUGAUUCUCAUUUGAUGUCAACAUCUGCCUGGGAGGCUGAUGAGCCACCUUAUGGAGCUCGAGGCAAAUAUUGGGAAGAGUCUGAUGAGUGCUAUGAUCCUGUUUAUGCUGUUCAUGCUAUGAGAGGGAUUGGAACCAUUUUGUUUGAUGUUGAUCUGAGGGUUAAAGCUAGCUAUCAAGGUGAGCGUGUUCCUUUGGUGUCUCUGAUGAGUAGGUUGAAUGCAAAAGCAAUUGUAGGGCACCCCAUUCAGAUUGAGAUCUUGGAAGAUGAUUCCACUGCUGAAUAUUUGUGUGUCAAUCAUGUCGGUCAAGAUGAACAUACAGCUGAGCAACCAGUUUGGAGGACAGCCAGAAGAACAGUUAUGCAACGAGUUCCCCGUUCUAACCCAGUUGUCUCAUCUCUGGAGGAUGAUGAAGUUGUGGGGUCUAGAUAUCAAAAUGCAUCUCCUUCCUUUGUAUAUCCAAAUCGUACUGAGAAUGUACCCAAGAUAGCAAAUAAGAAAGUUUCUCAUCACCAGCAGCACCAAUCAUCAUCAGGAAAAAUUCAGAAAAGGUCCCAUAAGAGACUAAGUUUGCCGAGCCAAAAAACUAGAACACUAUCUUCUUUCACAGUUGAUAAAAGAUUUGGUGGUGGGGUUGUUAAGGCAUUACAUGGUAAAGGAAGCAACAUGUUUAGUGGUUUGAUAGAACCUGCUGGGCAAGUGCCUUCUGUUACAUGUGUCCCCAUGAAGAUUGCAUUUAGUAGAAUUCUUGAAGCAAUUGGAAGGCCAUCAGCUUUGAGCAACCGUGUGAGAAUAGCCAUCCAGCAAUAAGAUAAUAAAUCAUAGUUUGCAGUUAUCCGCUCGAAGUUGUUGAUACUCUACAUGGCUUUACAUUCCACGCUUCAUGUAAAAUACAUGACUUCACAUCCAAAGUGAAUGCUUCAGGCAACUGAUUUCAUUGGAUCAGUGAUUGAGUCCGUCUGAUCUGCUGAUUGGUGCUGAUCGUGUGUGUGUAUAUAUAUAUCCUGUUAGGAAACUGGGGCAGUACCCUGGUUCUCAUAGUCAGCAGCUCUUUAACAAGGACCAGGGUAUAACCUGGUAGCCCGGAAUACAAGUGUAAUUUUUCCAUUCAAGAAUUCAACGUGGUUGGCUGACUUAUUGUAAAGUGCUAACUGCUACCGCGACUGUGUUCUACCAUUAGGAAAUAUACGUCACAAGUUUGAUAAGGUAUUGUAGAAGAGCCAGUGUCUAAGCUUUUUAUGGAUACAAAGCUUGUUAUUUAUUGUUCAAUGUUGCAACAGUUUGGCGGAAGAGUACCAAGAAUGCCAUUCAGUUAUUACUAUGUAUUUUAAAAUUUUAUUCGGUGCAACUGUUAUUAUUUUUCAUCCA